GAGGAAACCUAAAAGACUUAAACUAAACUUAAACUUAAAAGUACGAAAAUGUUCCAGCCGGUGGUGCUCUUGUCUGCGAUUUGUUUUAUUACCGUCGCCCUGGGAUCGGAGGAAUCUUGUUAUCUCACUGAAGAGCAGGAGGACGACUGCGCGGCGGUCUGUCAUCCGAUCGUAAAGCCCCUCCUGAGGUACUUUGAGAAGAUUCAGGCCAAAGAAUCCCAGCUCCAAAACGACUACUCAGAGUUGCAGAAAAAGUACACGGACUUGGAGAAAAAGGGUCAGGAACAUAAUGGCCAGAUAUCUCAGUUCCAGAAAAACUACUCCGAUUUGCAGAAAAAGUAUUCAGACUUUCAGGAAAGGGAACUAGAGAAAUAUGACCAAAUAUUGCAGUUUCAAAAGGAUAAAUGGGACUUUCAAGCUCAAAUAGAUGCAAAGAAUGUGGAAAUCAAAUUUCUAAAAGAUAAAAUUAGUGAAUUAAAUAAAACAAAUGAAAUUGCUACAAAAAUACUCCGCGACGACAUUGCCAAAUUGGGCGAAAUAGUAAAGAAUAUAAAUUCGGUUAAUAGAACAGCCAGUCCAUCACCAACCAGGACAGUCCAGCAACUACCUCCACCCUCCAAAGAUCGGUGUCCGCAAAGCCAAAAUGAAACUGAGAUCAUCCAAGAAAUCCAAAUUCCAGGUUCCGAUCCGUUUAAAGUGGUCUGUUACUCAGAUGAGGAGAUUGGUUCUGGUUGGAUGAUUGUUUAUAACCAUUGGGGUGAAACAAAUUAUUUUAAUCGCACGUAUGAGGAAUUUGAAAGAGGAUUCGGAGAUGUCGGGACGCAUUUGACCGAUAAAUACUUUAUCGGACUCGAACGAUUGCACCUCCUGACAUCUAGAAAUUCUUAUGAGUUAAGAAUGAAUCCUUACAAAUGCGACAGCUUUGUCGUUGGGAGUCGAAGCGAAAGCUACAUGGUGAAAGCUAACAAAAGGUGUACAGGACGCAAAUUGCCGUACCUUAGGCAAGUCAAGUUUUCCACCUGGGAUCGAGAUGAGGAUGGAUAUCCCAGUAAUUUGGCAAAGGAAAUGGGCUAUGGCUGGUGGCACGAACCUCGAAGUGGUGAGUACUACACUGAGUUAAGUAUGACGAUCCGAAGAAAGGAUUAA